AUGGCAGUCGACCCAGCAAUUCUUGCCGUCUUCGGGCCGAUCCCCGCGGGCGUUGACCUUACGGACAGUGAUGUGAACGUAAAUAAUGGAGCUGUCAUUGCAAUGCUCUGUUUAUCUACGGUCGCUGUCAUUUUACGCUUUGUAGCUCGGGUGACCCUUCGGAAUGCGCUCAUGGCUGAUGACUGGGCAAUCAUAAUCGCGCUGGUGAGUUAUCUCUUCAACUUCAUCAAACUCAUUUGUUCACUGGGAAUUGACCUUGGAAUUUCAAAAGGCCUGUAUAGGUGCUACGACUGGUAUCAGUGUCGCAGUGGCACCGGUUCUGGACGACAUAUCUGGGCGGUCAGCCUGGAUGAACUGAUGCAAUUAUACAAACUUCUGUUCUCAUAUACCUUCCUCUACGCCUCCUCAUGUACUUGGACCAGGAUAUCCAUCCUCUUUUUCUACAGACGUAUCUUUUCACCCCUGGAGAUUUACUUGAAAGUGGCAUUAGCAAUUGCGGGAUUCCUCGCAAUUUCAUACCCAAUCGUUAUUUGGGUCACUAUGAGCACGGCCUGUAAGCCUGUCUCCUAUUUCUGGACACAGUUCAGCGGCACGGAGGGGAAAUGUAUCGACGUGAACAAAUUUUUCCUUGCCCUGGGGAUUAUCAAUAUGAUAAAUGAUAUUAUCAUUCUGGUAAUCCCAUUUCCGCGGAUCAUUCGACUGCAAAUGAGUGCGAGGAAGAAGAUUGCAAUUUGUGCAAUUAUGGCUGUCGGGAUCUUCGCCUGCGUCGCCAGCAUCGUGCGUAUUUACUAUCUCCAUGUGUUUUCAAACGCUAUUGAUGUCACUUGGCUUAUGGGUCCCGUAUUCAUCUGGUCUACCAUCGAGCCAUCAGUUGCAAUGGUUUGUGCUUGUCUGCCCCAUCUUGCUCCACUCGCCCGGCUUGCUCGGCAAACAAUAUUCUCCAGCCUUCAUUCGCACAAAUCAAAAACUGGAGACUCAUGGAGACCACCCCACUCUCUCACCAGGCCAGACCAAGAACCUCAGAGGAAGAUCAUUUUUGGCAGUUCCGGAGUAAAAUUCGACUACGGACUGGCUCAGAUGAGGAGAGACGCUAAUGACGAUGAAAUUGGGCUCACUAAUUAUGUGACCUCAAACCCUAAUCAUACCAAGAAUUCCUCUGUUGAAUCGGUUUCGGAGGACUACCAUCGGGGCCAUACAAUCACAGUCCAGUCAAGCUUUGCCCAGGCAACAACGUCAAGACCACCUUCUUGA